GCAUCUCAAACCCGAAGCAACAGUUCCCCAACAACAACGCACGACCAGCUGGUCCAGUGCAUCCAAAACACCAUCAAUUUCCCGAAGUGCAGGAAAGGAGGUGAUAGGUUUUCCCCCACCUUGACCCAUUUGCGGAUACACAAAUCGCCUCGAGUUUUUGCAGAAGUCAUGUUUUGAGCGCCUGAGAAUGCGCAGCCCAGAAACGGACAGCGAGCACUCCGACUCCGACUCGGAAUCGGAUCCAGGCGCCACCUCCACGGACAGCCAGUCCAGCGGAUCGGGAGGGGUGCUCCACAGGCGACGGAGCAGCCAGCGCGCGGAUGUGCUCAGUCUCAAGGCCAUGGCGCCCAGACCCAAUGCCGGACCCGGCGGCUGGCUGUGCCUGCUGCUCCCGCUGGCCCUGGGCGUCCGCCUGUUGCACGCCCAGGCCGAUGGCAAGGAUGCGGCCAGGACGCAGUGGCUCCUCACUGUCUCCGCCGGCGGAAUGGCCCUGGAAACCCUCUGCUUCUUCGUCUACGCCUUUGUGAAGACGGGCAUCUUGGUCAAGUGCCUGGUGAGCCUGCUUCCCGGAGUGGCCACCAGCUUGAGCUUCUACCUGCUGGCGGACUCGUCGCUGACCUUCGCCGUGCUCGUGGGCUUCCUGAUGACCUCCUCCUAUCAGCAGAUCUACAUUUACACCCUGCGUGGCUUCGAGGGAUCCUUCACCUUCGGCGAGGCCUCCGUUUUCGUCCAGGGACUGGUGCUCUUCGCCAUGAGUGCUGUCCACCGCCUCUGCGGCUUUUUCUGCGGCGGUUCCUGGCCCACUGAUGAAUUUGAGACCCUCAACAUGAUCAUGGUGAACGCACUGUUUUGGCUCCUGGUGUUCUGCCUGGCUCUCGUCAUGUUUCCAUCGCUGAGGAAGCCGUACCGCUUCUACCUGUGGAUGGUCCAGCUCCUGUUGGCUGUGACCUGCAUGCCGGUGACGAGACCCCUUCCGUUGAUGGCCCUGAUCCACUUCCUGCUCCGGGAUCGCAAUAGGCUCGCCAUCUUGGUCUUCUAUCUGGUGCUGGUGGCUUUAACCUGCAUCACCGUAGCCUGGCAAAUUGGUAGCUCCGCAAAGGCCAAUACGCGCGUUCGCAAGAUAUUCCACCUCCUGAUUGUGCUGGUGUACAUCCCCGGAUUGGUCUACGAAUGCGCCUUGCUGUACUUGGCCACUGGAGUGGCGGUGGCUGCUUUCGUGGUCCUGGAACUGCUUCGACUCCUUAAGAUUCCUCCGUUCGCCGACAGACUGGCUGAGGCGUUCCGCUCCUUCAAGGACGAGAAAGACGCCGGGGAGCUGGCUCUGACGCCGUUCUGCCUACUCAUCGGAUGCUCCAUGCCCGUCUGGAUGACGCCAAGUCCCUGCUCUGGAGGCGACACCUUGGCGUUGCUCUCUGGAAUUCUGGCAGUGGGCAUAGGUGACACGGCAGCCAGUGUAGUGGGCUCCAAGCUGGGUCGCAACAAGUGGGCAAGAUCCUCCCGCUCACUGGAGGGCACCAUAGCCUUUGUUGUGUCUAUCCUGCUCGCCGUAUGGCUACUGGAGAUUUCCGGCUUGGUGGCCAUGACCCAAGCCAAAUGGUUCGCCACCGUCUUCGCGGCAUUAAAUACCGCCUUGGUGGAGGCUUUUACCGACCAAGUGGACAACCUGGUGCUCCCCCUGAUUUUCUAUGCGAUUGUGGGCCUAGCCUAACGCGUAGAUAUAACAAGUUUGUGAUGAUCACAUUCCUCGGUGUAUUUAUUUGUAAAAUUACUCGGUGUAUUUAAGUGUACUAGAGUUAGCCCAUUGGUUUUAUCUUAACCAAUCAAUAUGUUAAACUAUCUAAAAGAAUUUUAAACGCUAAA